AUGCCUAAUGGGCCACUUUACAUAAAUAAACUCAUUCAUAAGAAAGCCCAACCAUAUUCACAUCCGACUCCCACAACCUCCCCUCAACUAAAACCCCCAAAACCCAUACCCAAAAUGUCCAAUCCACCAACAAUCACCAUCCUCCCCGCCUCCCCCGAAGAUGCACCAACACUAACCCGCAUCCACGGCGAUGCAUUCCAAAACUCCACACUCCUCGACCUCAUGUUCGGUCCACCAACAGAUGAGAACCUAAAAGGGUUCACGGCCCAGCUCGCAGAACUCAUCGCAAACGAUAAAACAGCCAGAUUCACCAAAGCCGUCGACAACGACACGAAUAAGAUUGUGGGCUGGAGCUGGUGGAAUAUCUUCCCCGAUCAUAAGUCGCGCUUGGAAGGCUCAGAAGCUUUCGCGAAAGAUCAUACUGACCCGCCUGAAUCUGCGAUUAGUCCUGAGGCAUAUAGGGAAUAUUUCCGGGGGGUGGAAGAGAGACGGGAGAAGUGGGUUGGGGGGAGGGCUGUUAUUUGUGAGUUUCUUUCUGAUGUAUUUCCUUUGGAUUGUCCUUGUUUAUUGAAGUUUCUCAGAGUCCUUGUUGUUCUCCCUGAGUAUCAGAGGAAGGGUGUCGGUGCGAAACUUAUGACAAAGGGCCUGGAAGAGGCAACGGCUCUUAACCUUCCGGUCUGGCUGGAAUCUUCAGAAGAGGGAUAUGCUUUGUACAAGAAGCUGGGGUUCAAGGAUCUUAACGAUAGCAUUGUCAUGGACUUGACUAAAUACGGAGAGUCGGGUAUCGCGACUACGGCGUGUAUGCUAUUGGAGAAUGGCAACCCUUGA